AUGGAUCCCCAGGGGCCCCACAACUCCAGUCAAACAAGCACUGGGCUCACUCCAUAUUUCUUACCAUUAUUGAGUGAAGUCAAAGUUAUCCAGCGGCAGGAGCAGCAGGAGCAGCAGCAGGAGCAGCAGCAGGAGCAGCAGGAGCAGCAGGAGCAGCAGGAGCAGCAGCAGGAGCAGCAGGAGCAGCAGGAGCAGCAGCAGGAGCAGCAGCAGGAGCAGCAGGAGCAGCAGCAGGAGCAGCAGCAGGAGCAGCAGCAGGAGCAGCAGGAGCAGCAGCAGGAGCAGCAGCAGGAGCAGCAGGAGCAGCAGCAGGAGCAGCAGGAGCAGCAGCAGGAGCAGCAGGGUGGUUGUGGGGGUCGUGAAAAGUGCCUUGUAACCGGACUCUGUAUGGUGACGUCGGAGUGUGUGAUUGGUGGGUGGGUCCUCCAUAUAUCCGCCAGCUUUGCGUCCCACCUUCUCGCCAGUGGAGUUUCACCUCAGCUUCUGCACCUUCUGGGCAGACGAGAACAUAAAACAACCAAAAGCUGGCAGGCUGACGGGGGUUUACACCUUACAGGACGGAUUAUCUGGUAA